CCUCUUAGAGAAUCUGCACAGGAUUGUUAUUAUUAUUACAGUAAGAGCAACACUUUGUUCCACAAUCAGGAGAUAUAUUUGGCAGAGAGCAUGGAUUAUUUUCAGUGUUCGGACUAGAGAGCGGUUUUCCAAGCUGACCUAUUUAUAUGAAACGACAUUGGGAGCCAAAUGCAUUAACCUGAUUUCAAACUGAUGCAAAUAGUGGAUCUCCCAACUGAUAAAUACAUGACGUCAGAUUGUCACUCUGCCUCCUGCCUGGCAUCUCCACUGCAGCCAUACCUCUGCUAUGUCCCUGGUGACCUCCAGCACGAGCUGGCCUACCUGAAGGCACAUAUUUUUCCUUAUCUAGAUUCACUUUGCCAAGCCAGAGGCACAUCCUUCAGACCUGUAGAUAUCCAGAGGACACAAAAUGAUGAUAAUGAAGACAGUCGGAGAAGUCACAACCUCCAACCACACCAAGCGGGCUCCACUCUCUAUCACCAGCAGUUAAAGAUCAGUUUGGAUCUAAUCAACUCUUCCUCGUCCUUCCUCUGUCUGCUUGGGCAACACUAUGGCUGUUUUCUCGCUGAGGGUGUGUCCUUUUCGUUGGGCCAACCAGAAGGAGAACUAUCCUUCUUGUCUGAGUUGGAGCAGAAUCUGCACGGAGCUGUUCGAGGUGGCUAUCCUUGGGUUAUGGAAGAAAAGCAUCGGGCGUGUAGCUUGGUUGAGCUGGAGAUCACCCAGGCUGCAUUCAUGGGCGGCCCCAAGCGCUGCUUCUUCUAUUUUAAAGACUGCACUCCUGGAGGUGAAGGUGACAGCCAGACUGCACUGUUUCAGGUGGACCUGUCUGGUAGUAGGGAGUAUGAGAGGCAGCGAUUGUGGGACCUGAAGAGCCGAAUCAUAAACACCUGCCUACCUGUCAGAUUCUUUAGGAACUUGCAGGAACUUGAGGAGCUGGUGAGAAAAGACUGGGAAGGCCUCAUAGAUCAUGUUCACCAAGUUCCAGCUCAGCGCUCCAUCUCAGGUUAUCAGGAUUCAGUUGAGGUUUGGCUUCAUCAAAGCCAUAUUCAAGCACUCUGUCAUGCGUUUGUACCCUCGACACAAACCACAGAGGUGCUAGAAUUACUGAACACGUUUGUGUUUCCUGUAACUCAAAAGACAAAGUUUGAACCUCAUUCAGAUGAUUCAGGGGUUCCGUUAAUGAGUAACACUGAUAAAGUAGAACCAGAGAAGUCCAUUUUGCUGCUCAGUGGAGAGAGGGGUUGUGGGAAGUCAUCUCUGGCUGCUUGGUGGCUCCAGAACUUUAGGAAGAGAAAGCCCAGAGUUCCAGUCAUCCCAUACUUCUGUGGAACCAGCACACCUAGCAAAGACAUCAGGUCAAUGCUAAGGCAGUGUACUGCUGAACUUCGAAAUGUCUUCUAUGGUGAUCUUCCAGAGUGGGCAGAUGCUUUGGAAGAGCGUGUUGAACCCAGGCCUCUGCUUGCAGAGGUACAGGCCUUCACUGCUGCAGCUCAACUGGGACCUUGUGUCCUCCUGCUGGAUAGACUGGACCUUCUCAUAGACACUCUAGGCCUGUCACUACAGGAGGUGAAGGAACUGAGAUGGUUGCCAGUUGCUCUACCAUCCUCUUGUAAGCUGAUAGUCACCACCACCACUACGGACCUCACUUACAAAAGCCUCUCCAGCAGGUCAGACGUCCAGGUCUUCAUCUGGCCUGGUGUGUCUGAACCAGGCGUUCAACAUAGCAUAUUACAAAGACACUUGGCUUUACCCUAUAAAGAGCUGCCCACCUCACUCUUGCACAGAAUCAUGAGUAAGAAGCUGUGUCGCCUACCGGUCUUCCUCGCUAUUCUCGGCAGUGAGCUGCGGACGUGUGGGAUGCAGAGGGAGGAAGAGGAGGAGAAUGAGCUGAUAGAGGAGUACAUGGAGGUGGAUUCAGUAUCAGAGCUGUGGGUGAAGGUCAUUCGUCGCUGGGUUAAAGAUUACAGUAGACCUGCUGAAGACUCUACAUUUAGUUCCAUGAGGCCAGAAACAAACACUAUAGCACCCAGACCAGUUUCUUCUUCUCCUGCUCUGGAGCUGAGAGGCUGGGUAUGGGACGUGCUUUGCCUGAUCCACGUCUCUAGAUCAGGGCUAACUGAGGAUGAGGUACUGGCUCUGUUGGAGGAUUUGGGUCACUGUGGUCCUCUGAGGAUCCAGGCUUUGGAGUGGGCACGAAUACGCUCUGCCUUUGGACCAUGGGUCCAGGAGAAACCAAAUGGCCUCCUGUGUUUCAGUCAUCAAUCCAUUAGCCAGACCAUGGAGCUGCUGUUGCUGGGUGUUGUGGACCAGCGAAACUGUCGGAGCUACUUCCAUCACAGCCUAGCUGAGUUCUUUCAAAGGCCCAGCAAGGAACUUGGUGGCUGGUUGCGGAAGCUGGAGGAGCUGCCCUGGCACCUGGCACAAACUGGCUCCUUCAAGGAGCUACGUAGGGUCCUCACCCACCCAGAAGCCCUGGGUUUCCUUUCGAGCAGUGUGAGGCAGCAUCCACACCUAAGGCUCGAUCUUAUUCGCCAUUGGACGCUGUUGAGCCGGAAAGGCUAUGACCCCAUCUCUUCACUGCAGACGCUGCUUGAGCUGAACGUUCCACCGAUGAGGGAAGAGGACACGUUCAUUACUGAGACGCAGACAUAUACAGGUCGUGGACUGCCAGAGACUGGCAUUGUGGGAAAGUUAGCUCUUUUCUUCUUUGAUAUUCUGCUCUGUUUGGACAAGAAUAAAGAAGCAGAGAACAUACUGUUACAGACAGCUCAUCAACAGGCGGAUGGAGAUAGUGGGAGAUUACUGCUUGAAGUGCAGCACAUGCUGGCUAAGUUCUAUAUCCACACGCAGCAGCUUGAGGAGGCAGAGAUGUAUUGCAACAAAGGCCUCGAGUCAGUAAACUACCUCGCAGUUUCCAGUUCUAUCAGAGAGGAGGACGUCAGGAUGAUUAAAGGCCAGUUGCUGUGUUUUCUGUGUCAGCUGGAGCUGGAGAGAGGAGGACGUUUGUAUUCGGUUCCAGGAAUUUUAAAGGAAAUCGGCAACACUGGCCUUAUGUCCAUCCACCCGUGUGCUGGAGCAACUGUUACUUUAUUGCAGGGCCUUCACAAAUGGGGUGUUGGUGAGCUGAAUGCAGCUGAAAGCUGCCUGCAGGCUGCUUUGGCCGGUAGGAGGCGCUGGUAUGGCAGUGACCAUCCCAUGGUUGCAGCGGUGGAGGAGCAGCUGGCCAACAUUUGGACUGACAGCAUCCAUACCGACAAAGAUUGGACUCAGAGGAGGGCUGCUGAACUGUAUCGUCAUGUCAUCCAUGUAAGAGAGGCAGUGACUCAGUGCUGGGGGAUGACCUUCUUCCUAUCCAAGCCCACCCUGCAGGACCUUACCAACACUCUGCUCAAACUUGGUAAAGUGUUAGUGCAGAGCACCUGUAAGGCGGAGAAAAGGGAGGCUCUGAGAUUGCUUCAAAGAGCUGCUGACCUGAGCCAUCUCCUGAACCCUGGAGGCCCACUCCCCAGGCAUUUACAAUGUGCCGUAAGGACAGAUACUGCAGGAGAUAAGAAGCCUGUGCUCACAGCGGCUCCCGGAUCAACAGGUGGACAGCUCACUGAAUUUCCCACACUCCAUCAGCUACCCCGAGACUCGAGCAGGUCCACACUGGCCUCUAGACACUCCGGGAGUGCACCAGCACCUCAGAAGCCCGAGUUGAACCUGGACAAAACAUUAACGAGGCCCUGGUCAGCCUUCCAGACCAGUGUGUUUGGUCCUCAGAGUGGCAUCAGGAGUCUGGUGCCCGGAGCUGGUUUGGGUGGGUUGAGGAAGGCCUUGUCUCGGGAGAGCUCUCCAAGAAGGCCUCUGCCUGUCCGCUGCCACAUCCAGGAGGAAGCCGUAAAAGCUCUUAACAGACAGAUGGGGACACCUAUUCACAAGAAAUAGGCACAUUAAGGCUGGAACUGCUUGCUUUUCAUACAGCAUCCACUCCUUGUUCAUUCAUAUGCUUUAAAUUCAGGUCAAAACACGCUUCAAGAUCACUUGCAUCACUUGUACUAUAUCAGUACAUUUGACUUAUAUUUUAAUUAAUGAUGAGCCUAAUUAUCAUAGCACAUUUUAAAGUACUAAGAUAAUCUAUUA